UUUAAUUUUCAAACUUUAACUGCUGUUUUUGGUGUAAUGGUGUACUUUCUCCAUAGCGCACUGGUAUACCAUUUUUUUAGAGCUCCUUCGCACGCACAAAGCUGAAUGUGGAACUAAGCAACUAGGGUUUUAGGGGAAGAUUUUCUCUGGUUCGCAUCAUAGAACAGUCUUUAGUGGUGAAGAUAAUUUUCUCUAGAGAUGAAGAGAAUGGUUCUGUGGUUCUAUCUAAGCCACCACCACUUUCUAUCUGCAAUCCCAAGAGAUUUCAAGCAAAGAGAAUCAAAAUUUAGCCUUUUGGUGUCACUGUGAUCCUUCUGCAGUUAGGCUUUAUUUUUCCAAAGAUCAAUGGAGGAGCAAUUGCCAUCAUCUGUACAUGCCAUAGUUUUCAAAGAGUCUGAACACCUUGAAGGGAAAUGCAUUAAAAUUGAAGGUUAUGAUUUUAAUGAAGGAGUUAACUACUCUCAGCUUCUCAAAUCCAUGGUCUCCACUGGGUUUCAAGCAUCCAACCUUGGUGACGCCAUUGCAGUUGUGAACCACAUGCUAGACUGGAGGCUUGCUGAUGAGGAUAUAACAGAAGAUUGCAAUGAGGAGGAAAGGGACCCUGCUUAUAGAGAGUCUGUGAAAUGCAAAGUGUUCUUGGGUUUUACCUCAAAUCUUGUUUCUUCUGGUGUUAGAGAUAUAAUUCGCUAUCUUGUUCAGCAUCAUAUGGUUGAUGUAGUGGUUACAACUGCUGGUGGCAUAGAAGAAGAUCUUAUAAAAUGCCUUGCACCCACAUACAAAGGUGACUUUUAUCUACCUGGAGCUCAUUUGCGUUCAAAGGGAUUGAACCGCAUUGGUAACUUGUUGGUUCCAAAUGACAACUAUUGCAAAUUUGAGGACUGGAUCAUUCCAAUUUUUGACCAGAUGUUGAAGGAACAAAUUGAAGAGAAUGUUUCGUGGACACCAUCUAAAGUAAUUGGUCGAUUGGGGAAAGAAAUAAAUAAUGAGAGUUCAUACCUUUAUUGGGCAUACAAGAACAACAUUCCAGUAUUUUGUCCAGGUUUAACAGAUGGUUCUUUGGGGGACAUGUUGUACUUUCACUCCUUUCGCAGCCCAGGUCUAAUUGUUGACAUUGUUCAAGACAUCAGGGCUAUGAAUGGUGAAGCUGUCCAUGCAAGUCCUAGGAAGACUGGAAUCAUCGUUCUUGGAGGGGGGCUUCCUAAGCAUCACAUAUGCAACGCCAAUAUGAUGCGUAAUGGUGCAGAUUAUGCUGUUUUUAUCAAUACCGCACAAGAAUUUGAUGGGAGUGAUUCUGGAGCUCGUCCUGAUGAGGCUGUAUCAUGGGGAAAAAUUCGAGGAUCUGCUAAAACUGUCAAAGUGCAUUGUGAUGCAACUAUUGCUUUUCCCCUACUGGUUGCUGAAACAUUUGCUUCAAAGAGAAAUACAUCUGUCAAGACCAAGGUAAACAACUUUUAACCAGUCCUGGUGGUGAUUUAAUUGAGAUCCAUUAGUGAUUUGAAUUAUUUUGGGGGAACCACUUAUAAUUUACAUAUCUAACACAAGACAGAAUGUAAUGCUCUCACAACACCUCUGUAGAAGAUAGGAUUUUCAGAUGUCAACGUUGGGUUUGUACCUGGUAAUUUAGACAUUUAGAUUACUUUGUGGAUCACUUUCCCCCAAGUUCGAUAGUAUUGUUUACAUUGCUUCUGUCGAUGAAUGUUUAAGCUUAAAGGUUGAUUUUGCUUCC